GGACACUCACUGAGUCAGAGACAGACAGAGAGAUGGGUCUGCUUUCAAACAGAGUGGAGAAACAUGAGAUCAGGCCUGGAGACCACAUCUACACCUACAGAGCUGUUUUCACCUAUUCUCAUCAUGUGAGGAAGCAAAUCCCUCCAGCAAACUAAGCUCCCAUCCUACCCGAUUAAGAUCAAGAUUGAUUAUUUGAAAGUCAACAUAAAUCACUGGUGAGAUUUGACCAUGCAUGAAACCAUCAUUUGCAGAUGUUCAGAGGGACUGACUGAUAAAUGUCGAAAGCAACUCAUCAUUCAGAUUCCACUAAUGUAGUCACUUUGGGGCAGCACUUUUGUCAUGGGAGAAACACCAUUUUACAUAAAAGCAUUUUUGUUGGUGGAAGCAAGGUUGUUCAUUUCAGACCUGAGAGAAACUUAAAGUCAAUUGCUGAGACAUCUUCAAACUUGGAUGAUCCGACAUCAAGCCCAUGUCCAAUCUUCCCUGAUUGUGGAUUCAGGCAGCCAAACAGUGGCGUGGUUCUUUCUUGCUUAGACUGCUUCCUUCGAAAUGGGUCUCUCUACUGUUUUGAGUAUGGGGUUUCACCAUCAGUUUUUCUUACCAAAAUAAGGGGUGGCACAUGCACUACAGCAUUGUCUGACCCCUCAGAGACAGUUGUCCAUCGAGCAAUGUAUCUUCUUCAAAAUGGCUUUGGUAAUUAUGAUGUUUUUCAGAACAAUUGUGAAGAUUUUGCCUUGUACUGCAAAACUGGUCUUUUGAUAGUAGACAAGCAAGGGGUUGGAAGAAGUGGUCAAGCUUCAUCUAUCAUUGGUGCUCCAUUGGCUGCAAUGCUUUCUUCUCCCUUGAAGUUGUUAAUGCCCAGUCCUGUCGGGGUUGCUACAGUAACAGCAGGAAUGUACUGCAUGAGCAGGUAUGCAACUGACAUUGGUGUCAGAAGUGAUGUGAUCAAGGUGGGAGUGGAAGACUUGGCUGUGAACCUGGGGUGGACUUGUCCUCAUGAGGAGGUAACAGAAGGUGAAACUUCGGACACAGAAAUUACCAGAUGAUUAGCAUUUCUCUUCAUCCUCAUGCACAUGAAACUACUGCAUGUGUCACUCUUAGUUGAUCGCAGAUGUGGCCUUCAUGUUACAUUUUCUGUACUACUACUGUGUAAGACUAAAUUGGCUUUUCUUUUUAUU